AUGGAUCACAGUGUUUCUUCUCUCCAAUGCUUCUUCUUAAUUUCAUGUCUAUCUCUUUUGGUUUGUUCUAGCUCGAACAAUAGUUCCAAUUCAAGAAAGAAACCUAUUUUGAUAAACUUCGGUGACUCGAACUCCGACACCGGAGGAGUUCUCGCCGGCGUCGGACUUCCCAUCGGACUACCUCAUGGCAUUACCUUCUUCCAUAGAGGCACUGGUCGUCUUGGUGACGGUCGACUCAUCAUUGACUUUUUUUGUGAACAUUUAAAGAUGCCAUAUUUGAGUCCAUAUUUGGACUCACUCUCACCAAAUUUCAAAAAAGGAGUCAAUUUCGCAGUCUCCGGUGCCACGGCUCUUCCCGUAUUUUCCUUCCCUCUCGCCGUUCAAAUCCGCCAAUUCGUCCGUUUCAGAAACCGUUCUCAAGAACUUAUCUCUUCCGGCAGAAGAGAUCUUAUUGAUGAUAAUGGAUUUAGAAAUGCAUUGUACAUAAUCGAUAUCGGACAAAAUGAUCUUCUACUUGCUCUAUACGAUUCGAAUUUAACUUACACAACCGUUGUCGAAAAAAUUCCACCUAUGCUUCUUGAGAUUAAGAAAGCCAUACAGACCGUAUAUUUAUACGGAGGAAGAAAGUUUUGGGUACAUAACACAGGCCCAAUGGGCUGUGCACCUAAGGAGUUGGCCAUUAACCCGCAUAACGAUUCGGAUCUUGACCCGAUUGGCUGUUUCCGGGUACACAACGAGGUGGCAAAAGCAUUCAAUAAAGGACUCUCAAGUCUUUGCAACGAAAUGAGAUCUCAACUCAAAGACGUUUCUCUUGUCUACGUUGAUAUUUACUCCAUCAAAUACACACUCUCCAAAGAUUUCAAACGAUACGGAUUUGUCGAUCCGUUGAUGGCUUGUUGCGGGUUUGGAGGAAAACCAAACAAUUACGAUCGUAAAGCGACUUGUGGUCAACCCGGUUCAACUAUUUGUAGUGACGUAUCCAAAGCAAUUGUAUGGGAUGGGGUUCACUAUACCGAAGCUGCUAACCGGUUUGUUGCUGAUGCGGUUUUUUCAAACCGAUACUCUUACCCAAAAGCUCCCCUAGAUCAAUUUUGGUAA